AAAGUGGAGCAACUGAGCAUGAGCAAAGACGAUGAAAGUGAAGAAGAGGCGGUAACUUUAGGAACAGAUUGGAUCAAUAACGAUAAGAAAUUAUUGGAUAUGAUGGGUGAUAAGAAGAUGGACGAUGAAACCAAGAAAAAACAAAAAAAAAUUACGAAUCAAAUGAAAUACGAUGUAAGCAAAAUGGAAAACCACAAAGACAAAGAAAAACAAUAUGAAGAUUAUUUUAACGUAAAUAAAGUUGAUGUCGUGAACAGUCUUCUUCGUGUUGGAUCUAAUGGUGACAGUACUAGUGAUUCAAAUGGAAAAGAUGAUGAUCAUGUUUACAGAGGGAAAACUCCAAAUGACGUCGUAGAAAAAUUGGGUUAUAAGGAUACUACAAUACAAGACAAGAAAAACAACUUAGAGAGAUUACUACAGAACCUGGUACCCACAGGAAAACUUCCAAAGCUGCCGAAAGGCUUUAAAGAACUAUCGAAAACAAGUGGGCGCUUCGCACAUAAAGUGGACGAAAAUAAUCGCGUCACAGUUACAUCAAACGUUAAAGAACCAAUAAAAUUGUUUGAUGGAAUGAUGAACAUAGGAAAUGGCAUGCUACAAUUUAGUUAUCACAACAAAGAAGAGAAAGACGAAAAAUGGCAGUUUAAAGCAACAGGAACGUGGAUGAAUGGUGAACAGGAAAUUAAUGUUGUUUUGGAAAGUUCAAAACACGAUGACCAUUUCACACUUAUGGGUACAGGUGACUCGUUGGCACUGCAAGAUUACUUUUCGAUCUAUGUAACAAAUGCAGCGUUUGCCAAAUCUGGAAUAAAUAUGGCAGUGUUUGAAGAAAUGACCGUUUCAAAUGCUGAACUUUACGUCGUGUUCAAUAACUUAAAGAAUAUUGUAAGUCUGGUAUCCGGUAACAUAACAUAUGGAGAUGAAACGAAGCCAAUACGUUGUCAAACUUUUAUCGAAAAAUUUCCUGGGAAAGACCCCGUAUUUGCUAUACUGAUGGACUUCGCGCCAGGCUCGGGAUAUUCCGUAUUGAAGUCGUUGAUGAAGGAUGAAAUAGCCAAAAUCCCGUUUGUUAACAACUUGUUGUCAGGAAAAAACUUGUUUAAGGUGGCUGAAGGUGGAUUUGGUUUUGCUGCAUCUUCCAGUGAUAUAGAACGACAUCGUUUGAGCGUAUUUGGUGAAGGAAUGUUGGACCGAGAUUUAGAUUCACAUAUUACACCAGGGAUAACAUUAACGAUACCUAUUUUAUUCAAUUUUCAAAAUUCCCAAGAAACUCACGACAUAAUAACACGACUAUCUAAUCAUACGGUCUCUUUCUUUCCCACUAAAAGCACAAGAAUCGAUUUAUCAAGAAUAUUUAAGACACUUUCAAAGUCGAAACAACCAAAAAUAUCCAAUCUUGGGUACUUGGACGUUAAUGACGUGUUCUUGAAAGAACUGAAGUACGAUCUUAACGCUUCGUUAUACACAAUCCUGGGAUCUACAACUCGUCAGUUAAAUAUUGCACCAGGAAUGAUAUACCUAGACGAAGGAAAUUUGGAAUUUCGUCAACAAGUACCGCACGAUUUUUCUACAUUGGCAUUGUAUGGUUCAGGAAGUGCAAAAGUUGGCCAGGCAAAGCUCAAUAUUUCUUUGCACACGGACGUUCACAUCAACAAAUUGCUCAUCAAUGGUGAAGCAUAUGCCAUUUGGUCACCAGAUAUUGCGUCAACAUUUGGCAUAACCAUGGAGAUAGAUGAUGACGUGCGAUGGAUAAUGGACAACAACCAAAUGCUAAACAUCAAUCUUGAGAAUGUUCAUAUGUUUACAGUGGUGAAAAAUGGUGAAAGUAGCUCAGUGCAUUUCACAGGAUUUUUACAACCCAUCUCAUGGAAUGAUGUAAUUCAAGUAGAGAUUGUUGUAUUUUAUGACAGCUUACUAAACAAACGCCGCAUGAUCACAGGCUAUUUGUUUCAUAAAUUGCCGCUGACAUAUGCUAUCGACGCUCUCGGUUUUGGCAAGUUUGCAACACCAAGGUUUUUGGACAACAGUAGAAAUUCGAUGCUAGUCAUAUCUCCCAUAAACACACAAUCCAUGUUUAUUAAUCCAGCGUUCAAUGGCCUUUCUUUCAUGCAGGGUCUUUCAUUGGUAGGAGAAUUUCGUCUACCAGAUGUUUGCACAUUAAAUGUGGUGUGUGAGUCAGCAGUACAGUUUCUGGGCACGGAGAACUGGUACCGAGUUCAAGGCCUCGUAUCGUCACGUGGCUACAAACUUGUAGGGAACGUCGACCGGAACUUUAUUUUGGCAAAAGACUUAAAAUUGACCAACAACAUUUUAGAAUUCGCUAUUGGUAAAUACAGUGAUAUGACCAUUGCAACGGAAAUGAAUUUAGAGAAUAACAAUCUCACUUUUCGAGGAUAUGUGAACUUUGAACCGAACGGUAUGAGACUACGCAUGAGCAGUAACGAUGUCUGGUCACAUCCAUUUGCUAGAAAUUUUCUUACUUUUGACCGUCUCAGCUUCGACACACCAUUGAUCAGCGGUAUAACAUUGAACGAGCUCAAAAUGACCGGGGAGUUAAAGUUCGGUUUGCAGGGCAGUCUGUACGCCAUAUUUGCUCCUGCCUACGUGACUUUUAAAUUGUCUGAGAAGAAGAUGGUUAGUUUCCGGGCAAAAAUGACAAAUAUUACCCUGGAGACAAUUAUUAAUGCCCUUAAUUUCAAGUCAAGUCUACCGGAUGUGUUACUUAAUUCUCGUUUUCACCAGAAUCUUAUUGUAAGAUUCAUGCCUAAAGAGAAACCUGAAGAUCAAAACUUAGAUUUCUAUGGUAAAAUGGAAAUGUUAUCGCGUACAUUUAUGGUUAAAUUACAGCUCGAUAGAAAAAAACGUAUCACAGGCAUCACAUCUCAUUCAGAGUUUCCAUUGCUUUUGGAUGGUGGGCUAAUAACAGUUUGUGCUGACCAAAAUCAUAAACGGUUCGGUCCGCGGGCGAUGUUUACGAUCACACCCAAAUCGGCAACAUUCAAGUUAGAUGGAUUUGUAAAUUUCAUGGGUCUAGCAGAAAGAACCAAGAUAGAUGUUGGGGAAUUUGGGACGCAGUUUUCUUUAAGAGGAAGUCUUUUUGGCACAACUAAAACAAUAACUUCUUUCAUGUCUCCGGAUAGUCUAGCCGAGAAUGGACCAUAUAUUGCCUCCGCUUGCCUACCGGACAUUAUACCUCACGUGACCACACGCGUCAAUUUAUUGUUGGCAGCAGCUGCUGACCAGGCAGAACAAUACAUAAAACAGGCGAUAAGUCACUAUGAAAAAGCGACAGAAUAUCACAAGAAAGCCCUAGAAGACGAACACGAGCAAAUUUUCCUGUUAGACGAAGGGGAAAAUGAUGUGGAGAAUGACAACAAACAACUGUUUAUAGCCGAGGAACGAUACAACAAGACUUGCGUUGAGAAAAAAUGCACAAAAACCUGCAUUGGUUGUCCAUCCUGGAUCAAUUGUUGUGAUCAUGAUGUUUUUGGUAAUUGCGUUAAAUGUCCCACGUGGAAACCAUGUUGCUGGCAUGGCAAAAAUCCUAUUUGUAAAGCUAAGAAUCACGCUUGUCGGAUUAUGAAAAAAUUUUCCGCUGAAAAACUUCAGGAGAUUGCAAGACGAGUGUAUGUGGACAAAGAAAAGAAAAUCGAGAGAGAGAAAGUGGUUUGGAAAUCAGAAUACACGAAGGGCAAGACGGAAGCAAUUUUGGAAGCAGCACAACGGGCCUUGAAUCUUGUUAAUCAAGACUCCGUGUUGAGACUUCAAGCCUCUAACACAAUCAAAAGAUAUGGACUAGAGAAACUUGUUGAUAUUAACAGUGUCUGCUUUCACACGACAUUAAAAACACUGGCAACAAGUUGCUUAACUUUAAAUAUCAAUGCAACGUUUGCCAAUGAACACGUGACAAAAAGUCUUCCAUAUUAUGGAUGUUUGAAUAAAGAGCUCGCGAGUAAAAUGGCCAAUCAUAUAACUCAAUAUAUGCUUCGAGAUAAAAGCAAAAACGAAGUAAACUCAAAGCACACAGUGGCAGAGAAAACGAAAAGUGGCGAUCAAAGAAGUGGAAACCUGUUUGGUAUGCCUCUUUAUGAAGAGAAAGUUGAUUUACCAACAAAUUCACGGGAAGUGACGUACGCUAGAUGGAGGAGAGAUGAUGCAAACUUGAACAACGAUGAAGAAAUGAAACCAUUCUGGUCGAUUCGAAACAACUUUAAAACACACGUGCUGUCAUUAUUGCAACAACGUGCCGCUGUUCCUCGCAGUCCGCUAAAGAAAAAGUGGCAAAUACCCGCAUCAAGGAAAGGAAAAUGCAGAGUCUAUCGUCAGUUGGUGGAAAUUUGUAAAGACAUGAUGGAAACUGUGAACAAAAUGUUUCAAUCCUUUAAAGAUGGCAAAGGGAAAUUUAACAAACGGCUUACGGAACUCCAGUUAGGAUUAAACAUAACUAUUAAUGAUCUUGAAAAACAAGUUAUGGAUAUUCCAGAAAUGCAAGAUCGAUUGUCUGAUAUAGAAAUGAACAUACGUAACGUGGGCUCAGGAGUAAAUAAAUGGAAAAAAAACUGUGAAUCAGACCAAGAGGAUCAAAACAAAAUGGCUAUUCAAGAAUGGGUUGCCAUAAUGGAAGAGAGAAUUCGCAGAUUAGGUGGACAAGGUGUUGACAGAUUUCUCUCCAAUCUUUUUCGGGCAUUCGAGGGUAUGUUUCUAGGAACCGACACUCCAAAAAGAGGCGCUCGAAAAAUUCUCAACACGUUGCACUCCAUUCGUGAAAUAUCUGCGAUGUUUCAUGACAUAUUUGGAAAUAGUGAAAUCACUUUGGAAAAAGCUGGAAUUAGAGCAGAAAUUGUAAUGUCGAAGUUAAAACUGAUCAAAGAUACGCAAAUGUUUUGCGACAACUAGAAAUUGAGAAGCAUCAUUGCUCCAUUAUACACUUUUGUUUAUGAUAUUUCUGAAGAGGCCAAGAUUGCUAUUUGCACAAACUUUACUUGUGUCAUAUCAUAAAAUUCUUGAACUUGACUAGGUUAUUUAGAUUGUCAAUAUCAUCUCAACAUGUAUAAAGAGUUCGGUCAAAUUUCUCUUGGUCAGUUCUUUAUAUUAAACUCGAAAUUUUUAA